AUGAAGGCCCUGGUAUUCCUGGCAUUGCUUGGAGCAGCAUUUGCUGCACCUGAGGAUGAUAAGAUUGUCGGAGGGUAUGAGUGUCCCAGACACUCCGUCCCCUACCAGGUGUCUCUGAACGCUGGAUACCACUUCUGCGGUGGAUCCCUCAUCUCCAGCCAGUGGGUGGUGUCUGCUGCUCAUUGUUUAAGUCGUAAGUACAGGAAUCGUGUCCAGGUCCGUCUUGGUGAGCACAACAUUGCUGUAAAUGAGGGCACUGAGCAGUGGAUCGAUGCUGCCAAGCUGAUCAAGCACUCGCAGUACAACAGCUACAACCUGGACAAUGACAUCAUGCUGAUCAAACUGAGCCGUCCCGCCACCCUCAACAGCUACGUCCAGACUGUGGCCCUGCCCUCUCGCUGCCCCGUGGCAGACGAGAACUGCCUGGUGUCUGGGUGGGGCAACAUGUCCGCCAACGGCAGCAACCUUCCUGACAGGUUGCAGUGCCUGAGGCAGCCCAUCAUCGAUGACAGGAUCUGCAAAAGCGCCUACCCCCACCUCUUCACCGAGAACAUGGUUUGCUCCGGAUUCAUGCAUGGAGGUGCCAGCAGCUGCCAAGGAGACUCUGGUGGUCCUCUGGUGUGUAAUGGUCAGCUGCAGGGAGUCGUAUCCUGGGGUUACGACUGCGCCAUGCAGGGACACCCAAGCGUCUAUGCUCGUGUGUGCCGCUACAACAGCUGGAUCAGCACCGUCAUGAGAAACAACUAAACACACAAAAAGUCACCCGUACAUCCACGUACAUGCUGACGUUACCACGCCAAACGCGGUGCUCGUCCUCACUUUAUUCAUAUACAUCUCAUAAAUAAAGUGUUCAGGCAUAAUAUUCUGCUACCAUCUGUUAAGACACAGAGUUGGAUAAAUGAAUAAAAACAUACUUUA